AUCACCACUAAGUAUAGUACCGAAAGGGUUCGCAAAGAAACAAAUUAUCUGCAAGUGUAUACGAGCCCUAAUAUAACUGGGUGUUAUCAAAUUUCAGUUUCGCUUGAACGCCGGCAGAGAGCGCCCGUGUUCCUGUGAUCCGCGCCAAAAUCUUUCGUGAGAUGUGAAUUGUUUAUUUUAAUGGAAUGUUUCAAAGUGCUGCGUAAAUAAUGUGAUUGGAUUAUGUAUGUGUGAGUCGCGCCAGUAAAAAUGGUCGUGUUAUUUUUUAUAUCCAUGUUUGUUGCUCGUACCAUGUGCCACACGAUCACACAGCUCGAUGUGCCUCGCUGGGCUGACCCUAGGAUAGACGCAGAACUACGCUGCCAAUAUAUGCGACAGCCAGACGAUCCAGCCCUGCAUUCGGUGAAGUGGUACAGGGGAAAACAUGAAAUCUUUAGAUAUACGUUUCAAGAAUUUGAAACAAGAGCCUUCAACAGCACAGGAGUAUCGGUAAUAAACAGUUCCUGUGACCCUCUUCUAUGUGCAAUCAUGGUGAGGCCUGAACCCGGAACUGCGAGUUACACGUGCGAGGUUUCCAGUGAGGGGCCCCGGUUUGCUGUUGACAGGAGAUCAGCGAAUAUGACACUUGCUGUGCUACCGGAGUAUGAGCCGUUAAUAACGGGUUUACCCACUAUAGUGCAAGCCGGUGAGCAACCCUUUGUCAACUGUACAUCAGACUACUCACUACCUCCGGCUAGGAUAGACUGGUUCGUUGACGGAGAAAUCCAAGAGGAUCCCAUAAUAACUGGAAAUACACACGUUUCGGGAGCUGAUGGGGAUGGUUUGCAGGCCUCGUGGCGCACUCUUCACGUGUAUCCAGAUGACUACUCCACACACCGUGGGUUUCUGUCGCUUGAAUGUCGUGCGACGUUGCCGACCCGACCGCCACAUAUACGUAGCAUGGCCGUACGACUUUUUGUGGCGAGUCGACCUCACAUAUCGUCUUAUAUGUUAAGUAAAAAUAGUGCUGUAUCAAGAAGUACCGUGCAUCAGCUUCACUCUUGUUUAAGUAUAUGGACGAUAUUAUUAUUGGUGACAAGAGAAGUGCCUUUGCUAGUAAAAUGACUGUGACUCAAACGAAUUAUUAUCAGCUCUUGUGGCAUAAUUUUUGUUGCUAUUGUCAAUUACUUUUGUUGUGUAGCCACUUAUUUUACAAUAAUAUAAUGAUUUGUAUAAUGUAAUUUCGUGAAACAUCGUGUCGUAUCCCAAAAUCACAAGAGUUAGGAAUACUGAGGAUAAAAUAAUCUGGGCUAUAAAAUUUUGUAUUACAUCAUUAUUUUUAAUAUAAUAUAAGUCUUUCUAGGCCUUUUCUAUGCAUUAUAAAUGCACAUUUUUCUACUUUCAUCGCGCACUAUUGUACAUACAUUAGUUUAUUGGUUGUAUAACAACGACUAAUUAUUGUAUAAUAAAAUUAAAUGUUAUCGAAAUUCGGGUUAACGUCGAAUAGGCAAUUUAAUAAAAAAAUGUGUGUUAAAUGUAUUUUGUAUAGUCGUUAUUAUUUUAUUGGCUUAAUUCUUCAUGUGUAAUGUUAUAAAUUUGAAACCAAGUUUAUUUGGCGCAUACAUAGUUAAGGUAAAAUAUCAUAAAUCUAUUGUAAAUAAAUGUGCCAAAUCUUAAUCCUCCAGAUAAUAAGAAUAAGAAGAAAAAAAUUAGAAAAUAUAACUGAUGGUUGGUAUUUGCCGUUGUCAAACGCUGCAUUAAUUAUCCGUAUUAAUUUAGGGAUUCAGUAAAAGAAAACUGGAAUGAAUGUUAAAAAUAGGUCUCCAAAUGCAAAUUGUGUCAGAGCCGCCGAGAAAAAUUGUGCACACUGAAAUCCUGUUUUGUUUAAGAUUAAUACUUUUUAUUUACAAUAACAUGG